AAAGCACCUACACCUUUUUCCUUGUCUCAACUCUCCUUUCUCCUCAUCUCUCUCUCCCCCUCUCUCUCCCUCUCCCCCCUCUCUCUCCAUCUCUCUCUCUCAAUUAUUCUCUAGCUUUUAUCUCUCUCUGUGAAAUUAUUGUCUGGCAUUAGACCUUGUGUGUAUGAAUAAAGCUGCAACAAAAUAACUCCCAUUUCAUUAGCUAUGUACAACAACUCGGUGGGAGGAUUUGAUUGAUUUGUCUUUGAUUUUUCAUCUACCAAUCAAAAACUAUUACACUAGUAUUUAUAUAAGUAUCACUUAUGAUGAUUCAACAGAAUUAUCAAGCCUCUCUUUAUUCCAAUUCCAUGUUACACAAUAAUAACACCGUUGUCUCCACUGCUCUUUGUUCUUCUUCUGAUGCCUUCACCAACUCCUCCGAGAAUGGAGUUUCCAACCGCAGAAAAAGAAGACCUGCUGGUACUCCAGAUCCGGAUGCUGAGGUGGUAUCACUCUCUCCCAAGACACUACUUGAAUCCGACAGGUACGUGUGUGAGAUCUGUAACCAAGGGUUUCAAAGAGACCAGAACCUCCAGAUGCACCGACGGAGACACAAGGUUCCCUGGAAGCUUCUGAAGCGAGACACACCCGAGGUUCGAAAGCGAGUAUUCGUCUGUCCCGAACCAAGUUGUCUGCACCAUGAUCCCUGCCACGCCCUAGGUGAUCUUGUGGGGAUCAAGAAGCACUUCAGACGAAAACACAGCAACAACAAGCAAUGGGUGUGUGAGAAAUGCUCUAAAGGCUACGCGGUUCAGUCGGAUUACAAGGCUCAUCUCAAGACAUGCGGCACACGAGGCCAUUCUUGCGACUGUGGCCGCGUCUUCUCCAGGGUUGAGAGUUUCAUUGAGCACCAAGACGCUUGCACUAUCCGCGUGCAGCCUGAUCACUUGCAAGUCAUGUUGCAGCAGAAGCAGCCACCGCAGGCUUGCUCUUCUCGGACUGCUUCCAGUGCUAGUCCGUCUAGUGAAAACAACUUGAGUCGUAUGUCGAAUGUGCUUCGGUCAUUUCCUUUGCCAGCUCCCCCUCAGGUUCUGCAACAACAAACGGUUCGUGAUCACAUGAGAAAUGUUGCUCCUCAGCAUGAUCAUGAUUACCCGUCUCACCCAAAUUUGGAGCUACAAUUGUUGCCAUUGUCGUCUAACAACACUCCAAAAACAUGUCAAGUAUUCAAGGCCAACCGCGAUGAGAACCAUGUGAUUGAUCUAAAUCUUUCGGUUGGGACUAAUGAGUUUGAUGCCAGCGAGCUGGCUUUCAGGACUGAGGAGCAGCUAAAAAUGGCGAAGAGGGAACAAGCGUUCGCGGAAGAAGCAAGAAAACAGGCCAAAAGGCAGAUUGGAUUAGCUGAAAUGGAGUUUGCAAAUGCCAGGAGAAUCAGACAACAAGCACAAGCUGAAUUUGAGAAAGCACAUUUCCUGAAAGAACAGGCAACAAAAAAGAUCAGCUCCACAAUGCUGGAAAUAACAUGCCAGGCUUGCAAGCAAAAAUAUCAUGCAACAAAAACAACAGGGGGAGCUAUGUAUUCCACUAUUGCUGAUGAGACUUCUCUUGGCAUGAGUUACAUGUCUAAUUCAGCUAUAACUGAAGGGGAAGGAGAGUAGCUAAUAUUCAAAACCUGAUUAAUUAAUCUACUAUUAUAAGUAAUAAAAUAAUAUAUUUUCCAUUAUUAUAUAUGAUAUGAUGCAUUUUUGUUUUUAUUAAGUAUGUUAUUGUAAUCCCCUUAUGAAAAGGUUAUAAGUUCUUGCUUACUGGAGGUGUUGUGAUGUUCUAUCAAUAUAUGAUCUUGUUUUGUGGUUCA